CUGCAUUGUUCCCGCCUGACUUGGCCUAAUCCUCACGACUGUCCGGAGCGAUUGGCUCCUUUGUCUUCUCGGUCAUCUUCUGGUCUCUUACACGAGAUUUAGAUACGAUCCUUCGGCGAGGCAGGCUCGGCCUCGACAACCAACAUGGGACUUAGACAGUCUCUCCUUAUCAGUGCCAAGCGGAGCGUUCUGGAAAGAGUUGGGGGCACAGCUUGGUCGGAAGAGAUGGUUGCACUAACCAGGAAUCAAUCCUACCAUAAUGACGGUACGGGAAAUUGACGGGAGAGGAUGAAUUCCUGAGUCGUUAUAUGAACCAUGAGAACCCCCUGUAGGUGUCUGUUCUUUUCUCCAGGCGUUUUGCGUCAGUCACAGCUGGACGAAUCAUAUCCGCCAAUAUGGAAGCUCCAGUAGCACCUGAAUUUGAUGAGUCGAAGCCAAAUGGAGGCAACCCAAACAUCGAGAAUGUCAACGCCCAGUACCAGGGACUUGAGAUCCAUUAUCUAUACCUCAUUGUAAUGGCAUUCUUGGUCUGGCUCAUCAUCCCUGGCAUUGCUUUCUUGUAUGCAGGUCUUGCUCGUCGCAAGUCCGCGUUGUCUCUUCUAUUCCAGUCCCUCGCGGUCAUGGGAGUUGUCUGCUUCCAGUGGCUGUUCUGGGGUUACUCGCUUGCCUACUCACGUACCGCAAGUCCCUUCAUUGGUAACAUGGCCAACUUUGGCAUGAAGAAUGUCAUGUCUGCUCCGUCGCCUGGCUCCGCCUUGCUUCCCGAAAUCGUCUUCUGCUUGUACCAGAUGCUGUUCGCCACAACGACCGUGCAGCUGGUCAUUGGCGGAUCUUUCGAAAGAGGUCGCAUCUUGCCUUCCAUGAUCUUCGCGUUCAUGUGGACGACAAUCGUAUACUGCCCCAUUGCUUGCUGGACGUGGAACGCGAACGGUUGGUUGUUCAACCUUCCCAGUCUCGACUUUGCCGGUGGCGGUCCGGUCCACAUUGCUUCGGGGUUCUCUGCUCUCGCGUAUGCGUUCGUUCUCGGAAAACGGCUGCCCAAGGGCGACAAGAUUCACAGCCGCGCUCACAACCCCACUCUCGUCUUCAUCGGAACUUGCUUCAUAUGGUUUGGCUGGUACGGAUUUAAUGGUGGUUCUGCCCUGAACGGGACUAUACGCUCCAUGCUCGCGGCUUUCAACACAAACACGGCCGCUUGCUUCGGUGUCCUUGGUUGGAUUCUUGUUGACUACAUCCGCACGAAGGGCCACUUCUCUGUCGUUGGCGCCUGCUCGGGUGCUAUUGCUGGUCUAGUCGGCAUCACCCCUGCCGCUGGUUACGUCUCCAUCUGGAUCGCUGCGUUGAUCGGUUUCCUCACUGGCGUGAUCUGCUCUCUUUGCCACAACCUCGACAGGUGGAUCAAGAUCGAUGAAGGCAUGGAUGUCUUCAAGCUCCACGGUAUUGGUGGUAUGGUCGGUUCAUUCUUGACCGGUAUUUUUGCCCAGUCUUGGGUGUACGAUCUCGACGGCAUGGGCCCAUACGACCCUCUCGGUGCCAUGGACGGAAAUGGCAUCCAGGUCGGCUACCAGCUUGCCGAGAUCUGUGCCAUUGCUUCUUACUCCUUCACAGUCUCUUGCAUCUUGUUGUACGCGCUCAAGUUCAUUCCCUUCCUCCACCUUCGUGUCAGCGAAGAGGCUGAGAUGAUGGGUCUGGAUCUUGAUCAGUUCUUCGAGGAGGAGAUUGGUGACUGGAGCAUGAUGCACCAGAAUGAGUACGCUGGUCAUGGAAGCAGCGCAAGCAGCGGUGUCAACCAUACUGUUAAGGCAAACUAAGUUAUGUAAGACCUGACGUACUGCCUGCGGUACUGAACUGCAAGGCUUUUCAUGCUGCCUUUAGGCAGGUCCAACCAGCCUGAUACUUUCUCAGGGUUCAGGCUGUCUCUAGUACAGACAAUGAGCAGCUAAACGAAGACUGAAUAACUCCGUUCAAGAGCCUAUCUUACCUGGUGCUGUGUUGUGACGAAUGGCUGUGCCUGGGUGUCAAUCAACAUUAUACACCAUUGCAAUUUUUCAUUUUCGAAUUACAAUUUCAAUCUUUGAUCACUAUUCUACAUAACUAUAAACUAUAAUAAUCCUUUCAA